AUGCUUGAGGAAGAAUUGCGAGAGUGGAGAGAAGGAAGCAGUCAAAGCAUUCCUAUGCCUAGGUGGCCAAACGGUAUGCAUCAACAUGAAGAAGCUUCUCGCCCAACGAGGGUACCUCACCUCCCCUCCCCCCAAUUUGCUGAGCCUUCCUUGACUACGGGGCACCCUUUUCCAGGUUGUCACCCCCCAGUCUCACCGCAGUAUCCCCCCCCAUCUCCGCCAGAUCUUGUUCCACCCACGCCCAUUCCGUCAUCCCCACCUUAUUCCUUCGCAACCAGCUCAAUAGUCCCCAAAGCCAACACAGUAAAAGAAUUGCAAGUCAUAUAG